AUGGACCACAAACCUGGCGACGACCACAAGGCGAACGAGCCGAAAGUGUUGAAUGAUCCCCGCGAUGCGCCCGACUUUGACGAGGCCGAGGCGAUAUCGCCCGCGCAGAACAGACGGCUGCGUAUGAAGACGGACAUGGUCGUCUUGCCCUGCGCCGUCAUCAGCAUGACGCUCGCUUUCCUCGACAAGAACGCCCUGGGUUUCGCCGCCAUCUUCGGCCUCAGACAGGACACCAAUCUCAAGGGCCAAGAGUACUCCUGGCUCGGCAGCAUCUUCUACUUUGGUUACUUGGCCAUGGAACUGCCCAGCUUGUGGCUCAUGAGAAAGGUGCCCAUUGGGAAGUACAUGGGAUCUUGCCUCGUGCUCUGGGGCGCCGCGAUCUGCUUGAUGUCGGUGUGUCACAACUUCGCCGGGCUCGCGGCGAUCCGUGUGUUUUUGGGGAUUUUCGAGGCUGCGUUGUUGCCCCUUAUGCUGGUUCUCAACUCGACGUGGUAUCGCCGCGAUGAGCAACCGCUGCGGACGGCGUUGUGGCAUAACACCUUUGCUGGUGUUUUCGGCGGUAUCCUGUCGUACGCUAUUGGCAAUAUCAAAGGGUCGUUGUCGACUUGGAAGUACAUUUUCAUCAUCUACGGGGCCGUCACCGUCCUCACAGGCCUCGUCGUCCUCGUAGUCUUGCCAGAUUCCCCCGCCAAGGCCUGGUUCUUCAACGAAGAAGAGCGAAAGGCAGUUAUCGUGCGUCUGGCGGAGAACCAGACGGGCGUCGACGUCGACAAGAAAUUCAACGGCAGGCAGAUCCUCGAGGCCCUCAAGGACCCCAAGUGCUGGUGCGUCUGGGCCUGCGGCAUCGGCUACGCCAUCGCCAACGCGGGCAUCACCAACUUCAACCCCCUCAUCAUCGCCGGCUACGGCUUCAGCCAGACCAAGACGGUGCUCAUGGCCACGCCGCAGGCCGCCGUCGCCAUGGUCGCCGGUACCGUGCUGACGGCGGUCUCGCUCUUCGUGCGGAACCUGCGGUGCGUGUUCUGGAUCGUCUCGGCGCUCAUCGGGCUCGCGGGCGCCGUCAUGGUGCACACGCUCGACACCAACGAUCACCGCGAUGCUUCUUUGGCGGGUGUCUACAUCAUGGGUUUCUACAACGUCCCCUGGGUGUUCAUGCUAAGUCUCAACUCGUCCAACACGGCGGGCGCGACGAAGAAGAGCUUCAUGGGCGUCUCUGUCGCGGUUUGCUACGCACUCGGCAACAUCAUCGGCCCGCAGAUGUUCUUGUCGAGCCAGGCGCCGAGGUAUCCGCUCGGUAUCGGUUCCAUGAUGUUCGCCUUUGCCCUCAUGGCGGCGUCGGGCGUGGUUUACUAUCUGCUGUGCGUUGCCGAGAACAAGCGCCGCGAUUCGAAGUAUGGUGUCCCGGAGGACAUGGUGCAGGCCGGCCUGGAGUCGGAGAGGGAGGACAAGACGGACUGGGAGAACAAGGGGUUCCGUUACACGUACUAG